AGCAGGGCAGGUCCUGGCCAUGGUGAGGGGAGCGUGGACCUCUGGCAGGAUGGGGGUGGCCCAGCUGACCCCUCUCCUGGCUUUGAUGUCCACGCCCAGGGCCCAGGCCGUGUGGCUGGGGAGACUGGAUCCCUGCAGCAGGCAGCUCCUGGGGCCCUGGUACGUCCUCGCUGUGGCCUCCAGAGAGAAGGGCUUCACGCUGGAGAAGGACACGGGGAACGUGGAGGGGCUGCUGGUGUUGCUCGCCCCGGACGGUAUGCUCAAGCUGCCGUCGUCUCCGCACGGGCUGGAGGGCUGCAGCCAGAGCAUUGUGGAGCUGCAGAGGCAGGACUCGGGAUGGAUGUUCCAGAACCCCUCUCUGGGCCUGCUGGAGUACCGGGUGCUGGGCACCAACUUCAGAGACUACGCCAUCAUCUUCACCCAGCUGGAGUUCGGGGAGGAGGCCUUCAACACCGUGGAGUUGUACAGUUGGACAGAGAUGGCCAGAGAGGAGGCCAUGCGGGUCUUCAGCAAGUGGAGCAGUGGCCUGGGCUUCUGGUCCCAGCAGCAGGCCCAGCUACAGAGGGACUGUGAGUGCCCCGAGGUUCUGAUGCCCAGGGCUGUGAUGGGGCUGGGACCACGCAUGGCCUGGCAGGAGGCCGCUGCCUACGCCCAAGCUCGGCCUCCUCUGCCUGGGCUCUGGCUGCUGCUGGCUUGA